AUGGAUCCGCCUCAAAAGCAUGUGGCAGAGUCAUGUCACUCCGCUUCAAACGGAGAAGCAAGCACCAGAGUUCAAACCCCCGACCUUGAGAAACAACACGGCGAAGAAUCAGUCCUAGUCACAAACUUAUACCCGGAGACAGAUCUCGACCGCGGCAUAGUCGGCUGGGAUGGACAAGAUGACCCCAAGAACCCACAGAAUUUCUCCUCAGGCAAGAAAUGGUCGCUUCUCGCAUUGAUAAGUGCCAUGACUUUGAUCUCGCCCCUCGCAUCUAGCAUGUUCUCGCCGGCGGUUAUCUUCAUGGCAGCAGAUUUCAAAGUAACCAACGAAACGAUCCUCUCUUUCAGCGUGAGCAUCUACCUGCUUGGAUAUACAUUCGGUCCUCUUCUCCUCGCCCCUCUCAGUGAAAUAUAUGGCCGCCGCAUCGUCCUCAGCGCUGCAAAUUGGUUCUUCGUGGUGUGGCAAAUUGGCUGUGCACUAUCCCAAAACAUCGAGACAUUGAUCGUCUGUCGACUUUUCGCUGGAAUCGGUGGAUCAGGCUGCAUCACACUAGGAGCCGGCGUGAUCGCAGACUUGUUUCCGCGCGAGCAGCGCGGCGUGGCAACCUCGAUCUGGGCGAUGGGACCCCUCAUUGGCCCGGUGGUGGGCCCCAUUGCUGGUGGGUUCCUGGGCGAAGAGGUCGGCUGGCGCUGGAUAUUCUGGCUUUUGCUUAUUGCUGGUGGAGCAUUGUCGUUCGGAGUUGAACUUCUCAACAAGGAAACGUAUGCUGCUGUGCUCAUUAAGUGGAAGACGGAAAAACUGGCCAAAGAGACUGGGAGAAGUGAUUUGAGGAGCGCUUAUGCAGCGGAUAAGGAACAUGCUUCUGCGAAAGAGGUUCUCUUGCAGGGCCUGAAGAGGCCUGUCUUGCUGUUUUGCAAGUCGCCAAUUGUGUUCCUUCUCUCUGUUUACAUGGCUCUCAUUUACGGUCUCCUCUACCUCUUUUUCACCACGAUCUCUGAUGUCUUCACCAGCCAAUACGGAUUUUCAGUGGGUCUAUCGGGACUGGCAUAUCUCGGUAUUGGCUUUGGGUUCAUGGCUGGACUCGCCAUUAUCGCCAUGACCAACGAUCGAGUGGUAAUGAGGCUCACCAAGCAAAACGGCGGCAUAUUUGAGCCCGAGAUGCGUCUACCAACGAUGAUCUUCUUCUCUUGUAUUCUUCCAAUCAGCUUUUUCUGGUAUGGCUGGACAGCCGACAAGCAUGUGUUUUGGAUUGUGCCGAUCAUCGGGAUGUUCCCAUUCGGAGUCGGUAUGAUGGGCGUGUACAUGCCUAUCCAAACAUAUAUUAUUGAUUGCUAUCCCGCAUAUGCCGCAUCUGCAAAUGCCACUCUGACUGCGACGCGCUCGCUGGUUGGUGCCUUGCUUCCUCUAGCUGGACCCACCAUGUUUGAUACCCUAGGCCUUGGUUGGGGAAACUCCCUACUUGGGUUUGUGGCCCUCGCAUUUGUUCCGAUUCCGAUUGUCUUCACAAAGUAUGGAAAGAGUAUUCGGGAAAAGUGGCCAAUUGACCUUGAUGGCAAGAAGGCAUGA